AUGGCCCUUAAGAGGAUUUCAAAGGAAUUAUAUGACUUGGGCCGUGAUCCACCAGCGCAAUGCUCCGCUGGCCCCGUAGGAGAGGACAUGUUCCACUGGCAAGCGACAAUUAUGGGUCCCUCAGACAGUCCUUUUGAAGGAGGAGUAUUCUUCCUCGACAUCCACUUUCCUACAGACUAUCCGUUCAAGCCACCUAAGAUUACAUUCACAACACGUAUAUAUCAUCCAAAUAUAAAUUCUAAUGGGAAUAUAUGCUUGGAUAUUCUAAGGAAUCAGUGGUCACCUGCGCUUACAAUAUCAAAAGUGUUACUGUCGAUAUGCUCCUUAUUAACCGAUCCAAACCCGGAUGAUCCUCUGAGCCCUGAUAUCGCUCGUACUUAUAAAACAGAUCGUCAGAAAUAUGACAAGACUGCUAAAGAAUGGACGCAGAAGUACGCAAUGUAG